AUGGCGCCGCAGGGCGACCGCCCGCUCUCGGCGGCAGAGUACUUGCUGGUCGGCACCGCCCACGGCGGCGCGGCGGCGACGGCCGAGGUCUCGUCGCCCCUCGGCGGCGCCCCCGCGCAGGCCCGGGAGCCAUGGAGCCGCCCGCGCCUGUGCGCCGGCGCCGCCGGCGCCUGCGCGCUCGCCCUCGCGGCCGGCGCUAGCCUCGCUGUCGCCGUCGGCGCCCGCGCCUCGCCGGCACGGGAGGCGCGCGCGGAACGCUUCCUCGUCCCCGCCAGGGCCCCCGCCAGGGUGCUCAUGUCCCCGCCGCCGGACCCGGCGUGGGGGGCGUGGCCGCCAUCAGGCGCGGCAUCGGCCAUGGCCGGGGCGGAGGCGCCCGGGGCGGCCCGGCGGAGGCUGUUCCAGCUCCUGGAGGACCCUGGAGGGACGGUGUCCGUGCGCGCCAGCAAUGGCGGCUACGUCAGCGUGACCGAGGAUGGCCAGAUCGGCAGCGAGGCCUCCAUCGGCGAGUGGGAGCGCUUCGGGCUCCUCGAGCACAGCGACGGGACUAUCUCCCUGAAGGCAUGGACUGGGGUGUACAUAGGGGCGAGCGGGGGCAAGAUGGGGGUUAGCAGCAAAAUCGGCAGCACGGAGAGGCUGAAGAGGGUCGAGAAACAGGAUGGUGCAAUCAUGAUCGAGGCUUCUGACGGUAGGUACCUGAGCAGCGAGGCGUUCUCCGACCAGCCAGGGCGGUUCGCCAUCCACACUCGCCAUGCCACUGGGGCAGGCGACGCCGAGAAGUUCCACGUGGAGGCAAAUCCAGAUGGCACGGUAUCGUUUACGUGCCUCCACGGCGCAUACCUGAGCGUGGAGGAUUCCGCGUCUGUGGUUUCAGGGAGUUUGACGGUGGGCAGAGAAGAAAAAUUCAGGCGCCACCAGAACAGUGAUGGGACAGUCUCUCUCUUCGCAGUACGCACUGGCCGCUACCUCACGGCGCACCAAAACGGGACAGUGCUUGCGAAGGCCUCACGACCUGGUAAACUAGAGAAUUUCCAGCUUGCCGAGCAUAAUGAUACUGACGGCAGCAUUUCGUUCUCAUUCAAGGCGUCCGAUGGCACAUACUUGUCUGUCUCCAGGAUCCCCGUGUUCACAUUUUACAUGUACCGCUCGCAGGGGAACGUUGACUACCCAUGGCGGAGUGUCAACACGGGUAACCUUGCUGGAGUGUUGUGGUAUCUGCACAACGAGGUGGUCACCUCUACACCGCGUAAGUUUGGGAUCCAGCGCAUCGUCCGCAUGAAAGUGCAGACCACGUCGACCAAGGCGCUGUCCGAACGAGGCCUCAAUUUUGGGGUCAGGUUUGCCUACGAUUCGGGCAAUUGUACCGGCGCUGGGCCCAUCAACGGCUACUCCAGUUGCAGGGGCUUCUACGCCAGGCUGGGCCACUUCGUUGGCUGCAACUAUCUUGGGGACUACCCGUUCCCCAUGGCCUCCAAGGGCUUCCCAAGUUACUACGACCGCGGCAUUUGGUACAGCCUGCCGAAGGCGGGCAACUGCGAUGGUGUUCCCACCGGAGAGGACAACUGCACCUAUUCGACCGAGGAGGCGGGCAGCGUCGACAUCGACGAUCUGUACGGCAUGGGCUCGAAUUUUUCGGCGUGGUACAACGACCCUAACAGCAGAGAGUACGUCGCAGAGCUCGACACGGGCAUCGGCAGCGAUUUCUGGAAGGGCAAGACGGACAUGGAGGCCAACAACAAGCGCGUGAAGCGUGCAUUCGAGCUCUUCGACGAGAAGUACCCGGACAUGCCCUCUGGUGAGGACUACCCAUACUCGGCGGGUGGAAAUGGAGUGUGGCCUAAAUAG